AUGGCUGAUACCAAAGCUACAGAUAUACCAAAGGUCGACCCAAAGGUUGAAGAUGAAGAGGAGAGCGAUGAUGAGGAGACUGUAAAGGAUGAGAAGGCUGUCAAUAAUGAAACAGGUGCAGCUGGUGAAGCCAAGAAAAAGAAGAAGAAGAAGAAGAAGAAGAAGACUGCUGGUGCUGCUGGUGCUACUGCAGCUGCCACUACAACUGUUGGAGCUAAUGGAGCUGCGACUGCCACUUCUACAACAACUACUCCUGGCGCACCAAAGCAACAGACAACACCACCAACUGUCCCAAUUACUGAUCUAUUCCCAAGUGGAGUGUUCCCACCUGGAGAGGAAUGUGAAUAUAAGGAUGUCAAUUCAUACCGUACAACUAGCACUGAGAAGCGUGAACAGGAGAGGAUCAUGUCAAAUAUGAUCAAUGACGUUCGUCAAGCUGCAGAGGUUCACAGACAGGUCAGAAAGUAUGUUCAGUCGAUUGUAAAGCCUGGACUGUCAUUGCUCGAGUUGACAGAGAGUCUGGAGACUGCUUCGAAAACAUUGAUCAAGGCCAAUGGACUCAAGGCUGGCAUUGCCUUCCCAACAGGUGUGUCGAUCAAUCACAUCGCUGCGCACUUUACUCCAAACACUGGCGACAAGACCGUGCUCAAGUACGACGAUGUGCUCAAGAUUGACUUUGGCACUCACGUCAAUGGCAACAUCAUCGACUGUGCAUUCACCGUCAACUUCAAUCCAAAGUUCGACCCACUGCGUCUUGCCGUGCAGGAGGCCACCAACACUGGCAUCAGAGAGGCUGGUAUUGACGUCAGACUGUGUGACAUUGGCGCAGCCAUUCAAGAGGUCAUGGAGUCGCACGAGAUCCAGCUCGAUGGCAAGACCUAUCCAAUCAAGUCAGUUCGCAACCUCAACGGACACAGCAUUGCACCAUACGUUAUCCAUGCUGGAAAGACCGUCCCAAUCGUUAAGGGUGGUGAGGGUACAAAGAUGGAGGAAGGAGAAUACUACGCCAUUGAGACAUUUGGUAGCACUGGAAGAGGUGUUGUCAAUGAGGACUUGGAGUGCAGCCACUACAUGAAGGUGCACAAUGCACCACACGCCACCAUUAGACUGGCGAGGUCAAAGCAGCUGUUCCAACACAUCAGCAGGAACUACGACACACUCUGCUUUGCCAGAAGAUGGCUGGACCAGGCUGGCGAGGACAAGCACAUUCUCGCGCUCAAGAAUCUCUGCGACCUUGGUGUCGUUGCUGCCUACCCACCACUCGUCGAUAUCAAGGGUUCCUACGUCGCUCAGUUCGAGCAUACCCUUCUGCUUCGUCCAACCUGCAAAGAGGUCUUGUCACGUGGAGAUGACUACUAG